GCCUCUUGUGAGUUGAGUACAAAAGAAGGAAAGCAGCAAUUCUGCCGAAGCACCCUUUCCUUUUCUCUUUUCUCAUUUCCUUUUUUUCUCACUAUUCCCUUCCUUAUUGAAGAAGCGCUCUAUCCUUAAAAAAAAAAAGAACAAAAAACAUAUGAGCGAGAAAACAAAGUAUUCGGUCCUACCGACAACGACCGAAGAGGUCAGCAACGACCCUACGGUAGUGGCGGCGAGUACUGUCCAAGAGGAUGCCACUGCGCUUCGUCGCAAGCGUCGCAUCGGAUUCUUCAAGCUGUGUCUGGUGGCCUUCGCAGCCUAUGUCCUCUUAUGGCCCUCGACCGAUGCAGACGAUGAUGAGGGCGGCAGCAACGGCCGUAGUGGACUUGGUCGACUCGGACGCCUGCGCAGGGGAUGCCAUGGUCGAAAGGAGCACGAGUCCAAGUAUAAGUUCGAGAGCCACAUGCAGGCGGAUAUCGACAAACUGGUCGCUGGAAGUCUUGAGUCCAGCAUUGUGUGGGAUCGUUUGGCAGAGAUGACUGACACAUACGGCAACCGCAUCGUUGGGUCCGAGGCCCUUGAAAAGUCGAUUGACUGGAUCGUCGAGAAGGUCAAGGGCGACGGUCUCGACGUGACGACCGAGGAGGUUGUGGUCGACUACUGGCAACGCAACGAGGAAUCUCUCUACUUUCUCUCCCCGACUCGCGGACCUGUCAAGCUGCACAUGCUCGGCCUCGGAUUCAGUGUGCCGACCCCGCCUGAGCACGACAAGAACGGCGGACUCGAGGCCGAGGUCGUUGUAGCGUCUUCAAAGGCCGAAUUCGAUCAACUGGCCGAGGCAGGAUCGGUCAAGGGACGGAUCGUGCUCUUCAAUAAGCCCUUUGAGUCCUAUGGUGCAGACGUCACCUACCGCGGUAACGCUGCCGUCUGGGCACAGGAAUAUGGUGCAGUCGCGGUCCUGGUUCGCUCGAUCGGUCCGCUCUCAUUGCAAACGCCUCAUACGGGAAACUCGUAUCCGGGUAAGAUCCCAGCCGCAUCCGUUUCGAUCGAGGAUGCAGAGCUGCUCGCGCGCGUCUAUGAGAGGCAUCAGAAGGAUCCGGAACAGUUCCCAGAUUGGCCCAAGGUCCGGUUGAGCAUGAAGGCCGAGACGGCUUUGAAGUCGAAGGUGUCGAGGAAUAUUAUUGUGGAACUCAAGGGGCGAGAGACACCCGACGAGGUCGUCGUCGUUGGAGGACAUAUUGAUAGCUGGGACGUCGGUAGUGGUGCUGUUGACGAUGGCGCGGGAUGCUUCAUUGCCUGGGAGACCUUGCGACAGCUGAGUCGACUGGACCGUCCACCUCGUCGUACGGUUCGUGCUGUGUUCUGGACCUCUGAAGAGAACGGAUCUCCCGGUGGGCGAGUCUAUGCGGCCAACCAUCCCGAGACCAACACAACUCGACACGUUUUUGCGUUCGAGUCUGAUAACGGCGUCUUUGAUCCCUACGGCAUCCAGUUCACGGCCGGUAGUCGCGCCCAAACGGAUCCCGAGGCGACCAACUCGGUCGAUUUCUUGACAGAGGCCGGAAAACAUUUUAUUGCCUCGCGUAAGGAUCUGAGCUAUCCUGGUGCCGGAAGCUAUGUGCUGCCCAAUGGCGGAGGCGCAGAUAUUGCGCCGCUCUGUAAGCAGGGGGUUGCCUGUGCCCAGUUCUUGCCAGCGGAUCCCUUCCCGCUGCCAUACUCGACUUCGCCAUACUACAUCAAGAAGCAACAGGCCGCCGUUGCGGAUGUCCAGGAAGGUGACAAUGGUGAGGAUAAGGAGCAUGGUGGUCGUCACCGUAAACACCAUCAUCAUGGCCACUACCGCCACGGCCGCCACCACCAACGUGGCCAUCAUCAUCAUCAUCAUCAUCAUCAUAAGCACCAUCGCCAUGGCGACGAUAAUGAAGGGAUCAGUCAAGAUCCUCCUCGCCGUCCAGUCGACAGCGGAUACUUCUAUUACCAUCACACGGAAGCCGAUACCAUGGGUGCGUUUACACCUGACCAAGUCAAGAACUCGGCCGCGGUCAUGGCGAUCUGGACCUACAUUACUGCAGAGAGUCCCGUGGAGUUGUAAAAAGCGAAUAGAUACGCGUUGUUGUUGUUUUUUUUUGGAACUGCGUAGCCAUUAUUAUACAUGCUACAAGCAAUCAUUCAAUAGACGGUGGAUCAUUGCAGAUUCUAUUACAAUUACGGGAGAGGGGGAGAUAUAUAUUCUUUUGAACAUAGGAUGAACAGAAAAAAAAAAAAACGAGAAAAACUUUUUGUUUCGCCGUUCGACUUCGCCUGUCCACGGGAGGAGAGGAGUGGCAGAAGUAGGCAAAGUACGAAUUGAACAAAAGAGACCAAAAAUAAAAAUAAAAAUAAAAAAAAGGCAUGGACGUCUAGAAAAUGGCCGUUUUGAUGGUGGCCAGCAAAGUGUCGAGGU